AGCCCUCACUUUUGGUUCUGUUAAGGAAGACACUCAGAAAAGCUGAGAUCUUUGCUUCUUUCUUAUACAAAAGUUUAGGCCUCUUAGUUUUCCCCAUUAUUAAGCGGGUUGGAGGCUCAUGCUGUUUUCAGACAUAGUUUAUCUUCUUUCCCCAUUCUCGGUGCAGCUAUCCUGCUUUCCUGUUCUCCUCAAGUUCAAGGUCUCAUCCCCACAAUUCAGAGUUUGGCUACAUUUAUUUUACCUAGAAAUGGUGAUGCAGAUUUGAAUCUUGAAAACUCUAGUUUGAUUUUGAUAUUUUCAGACUUUCAGUUAUAUUUUUCCUUUAUUUUUUUUUUGGCAUUUUGGGUGGGGACCAAGAGGAAGGGUGCAGGUAAAUUUUUUACUUAUUGUCUUUUUCAAUUUUUUUAGUAGAUUACUGUUGGGGGCUUGAAAUCAUAAGCCUCGUGACUUUCAUUAAUAUUUUUUUGGAGGUAAUCUAAGGGAUGUCAAAUCUGCUUAUUGAAGCUUUGUUGGUGUCUACGGGAUGAUUAUGUAUGAGAAUUUUUAUAUUGUUGUAAAGUUCUGAAUUUUUCUGCUGUCUUUGUAUUUACACUUUUGAAUAUCAAACAGAGUUUUCAAAUUUGUAAUAUGGUGUUUUUGUUUGGUCCCACGGGCAAUAUCUGACUAUUAACUAGAGAUUUGAAGAUUAAACAAUGUAUUUCCUGAUGAUUCAUAGUGAUUUUUACUUUCUAAUCAGGUGAGCUGGCCUUUUGGCCUCAUCAAUCAUUAAUUACUACUGUAGAGGUGAUGACCAUAUUGAUAUUUAGCUCUGCUGAUCUUUUAUAUUAUUCUGGCAAAUUUGAACAACCUAAUGCUGCUCACUUUAAUAUUAUUGCACUGUAGGAGAUUCUGAUGUUGAUUGAUGCUAGUGGCUAAUUACUUUUAAGUUUUUAUUACAAGCUGCUGUUGAACUAAUUUUGUAUGAGCAUUUAUAGCUUUUUCUAAGGUAGUGUUUUCUUUUCCUUUUUAAAAAUGUCCUAAUAUUUAUUUAUGA